ACCAUUGCAAUCAGAGCUCCGAUGUAAUAACUUAAAGCUUCGUUUUAUGCAGGCGUUUUGUACCGAAGUUUGUGUCAAAUCCCAGCAAGUGAAAUUACGAAGCGCAAAGACUGUAAUCCAAAUUGAAGCAGCGAAAGAUUCAGAAAACUAGUUAUCGCUGAAGUAUUUGAGAGUCGUAAGAAUAAUAAGAUCUUGAGGUCGUUUCGUUGUGAAUGAAUUCAUUGGAGGGGCUGAACAGCAGGCCUGCAAUCAUUUAUCGCCAGCCAUAUUUAUUGUGAAUAUUGCCACUAAAGUCAAAUCUGUUUAACUGUAAUGCAAUGUUCAAUCGUACUUGACAAAGUGCAAUCCAAGUUCCGUAAAUAAAAGCAAAUUAUGGCAACAAAAAUUGUAGAAGAUGGAGCUAGCGACGUGGCUAUUUCAUCAGAAACAAAAACUCUGCCCAUCGUUGAUACUGACAGUGACGAUGGAAUGUUAUCAACAUAUAGCUUACCUACUUUGCCUGAACUGGCACAGAGAUCGCAAGAGUCAUUAAAUCUACUAACCCGUUCUCAAUAUGCCUUGGUGGUUUUUCAUGGUGUGGCCGAUACCUACCCCACAGACAGUGACAUACUGUGUCGCUAUUCUUUAACCGAUGGGGUAGAAGCUGUACCAGGAGACCGAGUGGUCUUGUUUGCUGUUGGAUGGUCUUCGAUAACGGAUUACAUUGUGUUUGAAUGGGCCCCUAUUCCAGAGAAAGAUGAAAGAGAUCUCACAGUGGUAUUCAAGGCUGCUGAUUUACCAAAAGAUGUAAAUGAGUUCUACCAGGUUUGUUAUGUCAGCAAUGAGGGUCAAGUUUGUGGUGCCAGUGUGCCAUUUCAAGUACGUACGCCGAAUAAUGAAGAAUUAACCUGUGCCUUAGAAGAGGACAUGGUUAUUGUACGAUCUUCAAUGGCAGUUGCUCAAGAUAAAUUAUUCAAAGCUCAGCUUGAUCGAGAAAAUCUAAAUAGAGAAAAAGUAAAUCUUGAGAAACAGCUGCGUUCUUUGGAAGAAAAGCAUAAUUUUACUCUGCAACGGUUAGAUCGGUUGCAAGAAACUUUGAGCACAUCUAAUACAUUGAAUGAAGAGUUAAAAAAAGAAAAUACAAAUUUGUCAGGUGUCAAUGAACAAAUGUUGUGUAUGAAGAAAAAACUAGAAGUCAUGGAAAGUAAACUCGGAGAAGUUGAGCAAGAGAAGGAAAAAUUACAGAAAGAUCUCGAAGUUCUCACUAAAGCGGUAGAAGAUUCCUCGUUAAAACUUGAACAUGCUGAGAGACAUGCUCAAGAAUUAGAUAAAGAAUUUUCUGCAGCUACCGAUGUUAUUCAGACUUGGCAAGAGGAACGAGCAAAAUCUCAUGAGAAGAUUUGUGUUGCCCAAGCGCAACUUGAACAAAGCGAGGGUAACAGAGCAGCUUUGGCUACAAAAAAUUUGGAGCUCGAUGAUGAGCUUACAUUGUGUAAAUUUAACCUGAAUAACGCACAGUUGGAAAAUUCGAGACUUGAAUCUGAACUGAAAAACCUUACGCAAGAAAAUACGAAGCUGAAUGAACAUCUGAGGACCUCGAAGAAGUUGGACGAGACAAAUCAAUUAAAACAAAAUCAGUUCUCUUAUACUCAAGGAGAUAGAUUCAAAAUAGAAAAUAUGAGGUUGAAGAGAAACGUAGAAGAUUUUCAAUUGAGAGUUUCUUAUUUGGAACAUGAGAAUCAUACUUUACAACAGAUAUUGGUUGAUACAUUGGAUGCGCAGAAAAAUUCUUGUGUAGAUCACUGCAGCUUGGAGAAACAAGUUGCUCAACUUCAGUAUCGUCUUAACAAAGCUACCAUGAAUAACGAACGAGCCAAAGAAUCGGCGCAAGGCUCUAGCGCCGAUUUUCAUGAAACUUCGACGUUAUUAAAAAAAGUUGAAACAUUAGAGGAGGUUCUAGAAGAUUCGUUAAAAGAAAAUCAAAUACGUUUACAAGAAAAGACUGCAUUACAAAUUCAGAAUGAAAUGUUGGAAACGAAACUCAAUCAUAACGCAAAACUUGAGGAAUAUGUCAUUGUUACUACAAGUGAUGCCUCAGGCCCUGUGUCUGUUACUGAUUUGACGAGAGAAAAUGAAGAAUUGAGGUGGAAAUUAUGUUCUCAGCAACAGCUGUAUGCUGAAUCUGCUGAAAUUUUGACUAAGAGAGACCAAGAGAUCUCGAAAUUACGUGAUAACAUAGAAACAUUGAAGAUAGAAAGCCAGGAGACAAAUAAGCAACUCAAACAAGAGAUUGCUAAUCUCGUUUCCAAAAACGCCUCAUUCCUGAAUCAAGAGGUACAAUUGAGGGAAUUAAAAAAUGAGAUGCAAAGAAUAACGUUCAUGAAUGAAGAGUUGCUGGUUCAGAACGCUUCACUACUGGAGAGACUUCAUGACAGUAAAUUGUAUACUGAUGGAAAAUCCAAGCUCACCAAACCCGAGUUGGGCGUUAUCGACAAAACUUUAGAAAUUGAAAACAAGCACUUGAUAGAAAAACUUGAAUAUACUCAUGAAGAAUUGGGUGCUGCUAGGAAACAACUGGAAACUGUGACACUGCAAUUAGAGGAAUGUAAAAAAGAUCAUAGACGUUUACAAAAUGAAUUACGUGACGCGAAACAGAUCAGUCAAAUAUCAGAGAAAUCAAAUCUGAAACGCCCAACUGAAAGUAGCGUACCUUCGCCGGGACUUGAUAUGCAUACUUCAGAAGUAUAUCCAAAAUUGGCUGAAAUCAGUCAAAGCGUUGUACAUGUACUAUCGGCAGUGGAAAAACUCUCAAGUCAUAAAGAAGUGAAAAGAGAUGAGUUCAUGUUGGAAGCUGACGAACUGAAGUACAGAUUAAAACUAGCUCGGGAAGAAUAUGAAAAAGUUUAUGCGAUAAUGAAUUAUUAUAAGACCAAAUAUGCCAAUUUGAAAACGAAGUACAAAAUGAAAAAGUCUGCCAACUACUGUAAUACUGACUAGUUCCAAUAGAUCUCUUGCUACGUAACGUGAUGUAGUCUGGAGCGAAAUUCAGGUGAUAUUAAUCAAAUUAAAAUUAUUCUAACAAAAAAGUAGUAAAAAAACUUCGAGUAAUUCACAUAUUGAGAUAUAGUGGUGUUGAUUUAGUUUUGUAUCAUUCAGGGCUAGGAUGUUCGUGAAAGAAGAUAGGGUAUGGUUGUAUUUAGAAUAAAAGAGUUAAUAUCAUUUCUAUAUCAAUUAAUUUGGGUCGAAUGUGUAAAAAAAUUAAUGUAUCAUAUCAAUAGCUUCAUUUAAGAUGAUAAAGUACUCAUAUUACCACACUUUCUUAAUAAACAUACUAGGGUUUAAUAUGGUUGCAUAAUAUUUCAUCGUAUUAGUGAUUCUCACAAAAAUGAUAGUUUCCAUCAAGUAGUUGGAUAUCAAACGAGUGGACAACUAUCCGCCCUAUAUUAACAUUCGGUGCAAGUUGAUGAACAGGAAAUCAUAGAGAAAUCAAUGAAUGGAAUAUGUAUUAUUGUGCAAAAUUGAAUUUGAUUUUCUAAUAAAACCAGAAGAGUAAUCUUAAA